AUGGAUCCAAAUAACUCAAAGGACUUCACAUUUGCCAAGCUGAGCGACCUCAAGCUCCCGGUUACGUUUAGGAUAUCACAGCUUGAGGGCACAAGGAAACCGAGACCUUUCUCGGAGCUACUGGAGCAUCCAGAAUACAGAUUCUCUGGUGUACAAUCAUCUGAACUGUCCGACCUAUAUGUGACUUGCCAGCUAUUUGCCGAUAACAAACCUCUGACGAUACCCUACCGGACGUCUUACAAAUCAUUCAAGAAGGACUAUAUCUGGAACGAAUGGAUUACCCUGCCAUAUCGGUACUGCGACUUACCCCUGAACUCGCAGCUAUCAGUAACCGUAUGGGAUAUCGAAGGCCCCGACCGUCCAGUACCUGUUGGAGGCUCAACAUUCCGGAUGUUUGGGAAGAAGUUGACUCUGCGUCGAGGCCAGCACCGGCUAGUGCUGUGGCGGGAUCGAGAGGCUGAUGGAGCACACGAGACCAGCACGCCGAGUAAGAUUGGGUUGAAGGACGAGAUGGGACGUUUGGAGAAACUUGUGAAGAAGUACGAACGAGGGGAUCUAGCAAAGCUCGAUUGGCUGGAUAAACUGGCCUUCAGGAGGAUGGAGGAGAUACAUGCUGCCGAGCAAGCUAAUUCCGACAAUCUCUUCCUAUAUGUCGAUCUUCCGAGAUUUGAUUUCCCGGUGAUUUAUACCGAGCCCGAACCCUCCCUGGCUGCUCAACUGCCAUCACAUACCCCUAUCGCGAGCCAUGCAUCCACUCUUCCCGCACCAGCACUCGUAAACCUGGACCAGCACCUCUGGUGCAUCGCCGACCCAGAUGUAUCUCGAGAGAAUCCAGUGGAAGACAAGCACACACGCCUGAUUCGUAGCCACAGGAGUGCACCACUUGAUCGGGACCUCAAGCCCAAUGCCGAGACGAGAGACACGCUCAACGAGAUCCUAAACUACCCACCUACUCAGGAACUCUCAGCGGAGGACAAGAACUUGAUUUGGAAAUUUCGCUUCUACUUGACGAGAGACAAGAGAGGGCUGACAAAGUUCCUCAAGUCUGUCACUUGGAGGGAUGCGAGUGAGGUCAAACAGGCUGUGGAGGUCUUGUUGCCUAUGUGGGUCGAGAUCGAGCUGGAUGAUGCGCUCGAGCUACUUGGCCCGGGUAUGGUGGACUCGAGAGUGCGAACGUUUGCUGUAAGGCAGCUCAGAAGAGCUGACGAUGAUGAAUUACUUCUAUAUCUCCUCCAACUCGUUCAGGCGCUCAAAUUCGAACGCCUACUGGAUGGCCAUAGAACAACACGAUCCUCUCAAGUUGUACUAUCUCAGGAAGACAGCGGACUGGCAGACUUUCUGAUCGAGCGCGGGGCGCAAAAUCCUAUACUUGGAAAUAGGUUCCACUGGUAUCUGAUGGUCGAGGUGCUUGAUCAACAGUACAAAGAGCUGUAUGCGGGUGUGGUGUACAACUUCAUGCGGAGGCUAGAACAGCUUCCUGAUGGCAUAGAGCGACGAGACAUCCUGAAGAAGCAGGGAGUUCUAGUAGAAGGCCUUUCUGCCAAAGCCAAGGAAGUGCGAGCCUGGAAAGACGCGCGUCCAAAGAAGAUCGACAAGCUGCGUGCCUGGCUUGGAGACUCGCGCAGUGGGAUGGCAGCGAUGGAGCCACUCCCUUUCCCACUGAACGAUCGCGUUCGGAUCACGGGUGUGAUAGCCGACAAGUCGUCCGUGUUGAAAUCUGCUCUUUCACCGCUUCUCGUAUGGUUCCAGACCGAAGGCGGGGGAGAAUACCCCAUCAUAUUCAAAAAUGGAGACGACUUGCGGCAGGAUCAACUUGUGAACCAGCUCUUCACUCUGAUGGACCGGCUACUGCGAAAGGAGAACUUGGAUCUCAAGAUCUCCCCUUAUGCUGUUCUAGCGACCGGACCGACGGAGGGCAUGGUACAGUUCGUCCCGAGCAAAGCGAUUGCUGCGAUCUUGAGCGAAUAUGGGACUUUGCUCAAUUAUCUGCGGGCGAACAACCCGGAUGAAGGUAGUGUGGGCACGUACGGUGUCCGGCCGGACGUGAUCGAUACUUUUGUCCGGAGCUGUGCGGGAUACUCUGUGGUAACCUAUAUCCUAGGUGUGGGCGACCGUCAUCUUGACAACCUGAUGCUCGCACCGGACGGGCAUUUCUUCCACGUCGACUUUGGGUACAUCCUCGGCCGCGAUCCUAAGCCGUUCCCUCCACCAGUAAAGGUCUGCAAGGAGAUGGUCGAUGCUAUGGGGGGUGCGACAUCGAAGCACUAUAACCGAUUUAAGAGUCUCUGCUAUACAGCGUUCACCAUCCUGCGGAAGAACGCUAACCUGAUUCUCAACCUUGCGACGCUGAUGAUCGACGCGCGCAUAACGGACAUUAACCAACAUUCGGUGCACGAGCAGCUUCAGGAGAAGUUCCUGCUACAGAUGACGGAGGAGGAGGCGAUAAAGGCUUUCGAGACGCUGCUUAAUGAGACGUCGUAUUUUACGGUUGUGUUCGACAGGAUUCACGAUAUUGCACAGUAUUGGCGUAGUUGA